CACAUGUCUCCCCUUGCAGAUGUCAAGCACAUCAAACAGUAAGACGCCCAACCAGAGCACUUUCAGUUUCAAACUGAAGACCACGAACUCUUCCUUGAAAUAUACGCCGUCGCCUUCAGACACAACCAACAAGAUAUUUGGCACAGUUCCAGGACGCCUGAGUACAAACUGCCACAAACAAGGGGUCAUAACGACCCCACUCCAGAGAACUCUGCCUAGCAACAUCAGCAAGAUAAGCCCCGGAUUCCACUCCCCAGAUGCUGGUUUUGGAGGAGACGGUUUCCAUGACGACUCCCCUGCCAUGGCAACCGCGUCUGGUUUGAACAGCACAACACCUAGCUUUAGUACCGUGAACAAGAAGAAACCUCUUGAACUUUCUUCAGAGAGAAGACCUCAGUUGCAACCACUCAUGCAACGCAGUAAACCAAGUACAGUCCAAAGGGCAUCAGAUCUCAUGUCAAAUGAAGUUUUGAGUCGUCACAGUCAAUUCAGCGGGACCAACUUCCCCCACUCAAAGGAACUUCUCAAAGUGUUCCGUCAGACGUUUGGCUUGCAUCAGUUCCGUCCUGAGCAGCUGGAAGCGAUCAACGCAGCGCUGCUUGGAGAGGAUUGCUUUGUUCUCAUGCCUACAGGCGGAGGGAAAAGCUUGACCUAUCAACUUCCAGGAGUGCUGACCGACGGCGUGACCUUUGUGGUGUCGCCUCUCAAGUCGCUCAUCCAAGACCAGGUCCAGAGACUUGUGUCACUGGAGAUUCCUGCUGCUCACUUAUCGGGAGAUUUGAAGAAGGACUUCGUGGAUUCCAUCUAUCGACAGCUGUCUCUUCGAGACCCAGGAGUCAAGUUGCUCUACGUUACACCGGAGAAGAUAAGCGCAAGUACCAAGCUCAUAUCGGCAAUGGAGCAUCUUUAUCACAGAAACAUGCUGGCCCGUUUUGUCAUUGAUGAAGCUCACUGCGUCAGCCAGUGGGGCCAUGAUUUCCGUCCUGACUACAAGAAACUCUGCAAACUGCGUGAGAAGUUUCCAGGCGUUCCCGUCAUGGCUUUAACGGCUACGGCUACGCCUAGAGUACAGAAGGAUAUACUACACCAGCUAGCCAUGCCCAAGCCUCAAAUAUUCACCCGUAGUUUUGACCGCAGUAAUCUCCAGUUCUCCGUCAAGAAGAAGGAACCGCGUAAACUGACCCAGCAAAUCACCCAGCUCCUACAAACAACGUUCAGGGGCCAGUCAGGCAUCAUCUAUUGCCUCUCAAGGAAGGAAUGCGAGAAGACGGCUGAGGAUUUAUAUCGCAGUGGCAUCAAGGCGUGUCCUUACCACGCCGGUCAGAGUGACUCAGAGAGAGCCAAGGUGCAAGAGAAAUGGAUCAGUGACGAGUACAAGGUCGUCUGCGCAACGAUAGCCUUUGGCAUGGGCAUCGACAAACCAGACGUGCGCUUUGUGAUGCAUUAUUCAUUGCCCAAGUCAAUGGAAGGCUAUUACCAGGAGGCGGGGAGGGCUGGACGAGAUGGGGAACUGGCCAAGUGUAUCCUGUACUACUCUUAUCAAGAUGUGACUCGGUUACGCCGCAUGGUGGAAGGUGACAGGGACAAUUAUGAGGUGACCAAAGUCCACUUGGACAAUCUGUAUCGCAUGGUGCAGUACUGCGAGAACAGUGUGGAUUGCCGGCGUGUCCAAUUACUCAACUACUUUGGUGAGACCACCUACUCCCGGGAGAAGUGUCUAGCCAGUCGACAGACCGCUUGUGAUAACUGCCUGUCUGGGAGCACCUACUCUACGGUUGACAUGACCAGCAUCGCCAAGAAGAUUGUGGAGUUUGCCAAGACGAUAGACGGGGCCUCAACGUCUUCCUCAGGCAGAGGGUACAGGAGAAAUUAUGGGCCUCAAUUCACCCUCAACCAUUUUGCUGAUGUGCUGAUGGGAAGCAACUCGGCCAAGAUCAGUCAGAGUGGACACACCAACAGCCCCAUCUACAACCUGAUGAAGAGCCGUGACUACCAACGCCACGACUGCGAGAGGCUCCUGCGCAAGAUGGUUCUUGAGGGCGUGCUUCGGGAGGAGCUGGUGAUCGGAGCUCACGACCAGGCUCUCUGUUACGUCAAAGUUGGACCCAAGGCCCACAACCUUCUCUCAGGACGGUUGAAGAUGGAACUUAGAAUGACUGAUGCAAAGGCAGCGAGAGCAUUGCAGAUGUCCACUCAGGUCCCCAGCAAGACGCUGAAUGACCCCAGACAGAAGCUCCUGGAUGACCUACGAGUCAUCCGCAGACAGAUCGCCGUCGAGAACAACAUGAAUCCAGACAACGUCUUCAACGAUGAGACGCUGCGUGAGAUGGCCGAUCAGCUACCGAUGGUCAAAGAGGACUUGGUGGAACUGACUGGAGUGACUGUUCCCAAGGCCAAUCGCUUUGGCCAGAGAUUCCUGGACGCGAUCACCACGCACCUGCCUGACAUGUUUCCAGAGGAAGACGACUUUGCUAGUUCUGAUCCUUCCUCUUCAGUUUAUUUCAACAACGCCCUCACCAACACGGCCACAGAUGUCAACAAUGAUGGCAGAGUAUCUAAACAAGGCGGACGCAAGAGGAAACACAACGGCAACGGUAACGCCACAAAGAGUAAGCGUGUUCGUGCUGCCUCCAACAAGAGAAAAAACAACGCAAACGACAGUAAGGACAGCUCAAACGGUUUCAACUUUGGCGGUGGGGCAGGGCACCAGACCACCAAUUUUAAUAAGUUCAAGAACAGAUCCAGUGGGCGUGGAGGAAGCGGGAAAGGAGGAGGAAGAGGGAGGUGUAGGGGCGGGGACAAGGUUGGAAAUGGUGGGGGGCCAGGGAGGCUUGGGUUUAUGCCGGACCCCAAACCAAGACAAGGGUUAAUAGGUAGAAGUUUCUUAGCAACAUCCGGCCAGUUCUUGGGCUGAUAUGAGUAGUCACGAGAGGUAUAUAGAAGCUGCCUAGAAACAAUAAGCCAAACAGUGCCUGGUCUGGUACAAGGUUAUGAUUAUGAAUAUUCAUGAGAGAUAGCCACUUCUUUUCAACCGUCAGGCAGGUCAGCGCUUCCCAGCAACCACCACAGCUUCCACAGCUUCAAGUUUAGGAAUACAUGUAUUCAUGGACUCCCUGAAAAAAGUUGGGUGAUUGAUUCAGCCCCAUAAGAGGCAUACAUGUUGAUGACUUAA